GGAAGGAUCUGGAUGCACCAGAUCCACAAGUCCUGAUGUCUUUAAAAGAACUGACCUGGGGAAUAGGGCUCAUCUAGGAGCUGUGACAUUCACCUUGACUCUAGUGGAAGUCCAAUAGCCAGUCCCCUGUUGGCCUACAACUGGGCACCAUGAGGGCCUGUGUCCCCCUGACAGUGGCUGUGCUCUGUGGCCUAGCCUGGGCUGGAAACCUUGAAUCAUGUGCAUCGCGUUGCAAUGAGAAGUUUCACCGAGGUGCUGCCUGCCAGUGUGACCGCCGGUGUUCCCGGCACGGGGACUGCUGUGACGACUACGAACAUCUGUGUACCGCCAAGGAGGAGCCAGAGGAAUUCCUGGAACUGGAAGAGGAGGGCCCGGACAACAGCUUGUACUCGGCACCCAGCUCCUGCCAGGGCCGCUGCCGCGAAGCCUUCGACAAGCACCACCCCUGCCACUGCAAUGACCGCUGCCAAGAGUUUGGGAACUGCUGCAAGGAUUUUGAGAGCCUGUGUGCCAACCACGAGGGCUUCUCCCACAGCAGUGAUGCCAUAACCAAAGAGGAGCUUCAGAGCAUCUCUGAGAAGAUCUACAAGGCAGAUGUCAACAAAGCCCAGAAGAGUGACAUCGUUCUCAACAGCCAAAAUCGCAUCUCCCCUUCAGAGUCAGGAGACCAAGUGGAUCGCUGCCCAGAGCCGCUCUUCACCUAUGUCAAUGAGCAGCUGUUCUCCAAGCCCACCUAUGCAGCCUUCAUUAACCUGCUCAACAACUACCAGCGGGCGACAGGCCACGGGGAGCAUUUCAGUGCCCAGCAGCUGGCUGAGCAAGGUGUCUUCCUCAGUGAGAUCAUGAAGACAGCAGUCAUGAAGGAGCUCUACAGCUUCCUCCACCACCAGAAUCGCUACAGCUCAGAAGAAGAGUUUGUUGACGACUUGAAGAAUAUGUGGUUUGGGCUCUAUUCAAGAGGCAAUGAAGAGGCGGACUCAAGUGGCUUUGAACAUGUCUUCUCAGGUGAAAUCAAAAAGGGCAAAGUCACCGGCUUCCAUAACUGGAUCCGCUUCUACCUGCAGGAGAAGGAGGGCCUGGUUGACUACUACAGCCAUAUCUAUGAUGGACCUUGGGAUUCCUACCCUGACGUGUUAGCCAUGCAGUUCAACUGGGAUGGCUACUAUAAGGAAGUGGGCUCAGCUUUCAUUGGUAGCAGCCCUGAGUUUGAGUUUGCACUCUAUUCCUUGUGCUUCAUCGCCAGGCCAGGCAAAGUGUGCCAGCUAAGCCUGGGUGGAUAUCCUUUGGCCAUUCAGACCUAUCCCUGGGACAAGACUACCUAUGGAAAUGGCAGGAAAUACAUUGCCACAGCCUAUGUGGUGUCUUCCACCCAGUAGAGCAGAACUGUGAGCCAGAAAGGGCCAUGAGGGCAGAGGGGGGGCUCUUGCAGGACUGAGGUGCUGUAUACUCUGGACUGGAAAAGGGAGGGAAGAGGCUGGGAGGAAAUCCCACAUGAGUGAAAAAGAACCCCCAAACCAAAAACGCCUAUACAGAGGGAGAAAAGAAACAAAUUUGAGAAUGCAGAGAAACAGUCAAACAUUUACCAUCCAGUAUCUUAACAACAUAGACUAAGAAACAAAGUCCAGAUGGAGGCGGUGGAAGCCCUUGAUGACUCUUUGCUCUGAUGUGUGGUGGAACCACGAGCGAGUCCUUUGGCCUCACAGUGCCUCGUGCUUCCCUCUAACGUAAAGGGAAGGGGUCUACCCCUUUUCCCAUUUUGGGGGUUGGCGAGAGGACAAACCUGAUGAUAUAUUUACUGAGGUGUUUUCAAUUGUUCUUAGGAAGAACUGCUGAUAGAAAUAGAAGAGUACUUUAAUGGCUGUUAUUGUUUACAGCUCUGCAAACUGCAAUUUGGCCCUGUGUCAGGGGCCUCAAAGACGUCAGGUCACAGAAACCAACCAGUGUGCCUUUGGUCUUUUCUAGUGUGAGAUCCUUUUGGAACAGAGUCUGGGAGAACUCUGCCAUAGAACAGAGCAGAGUGAUGGUUGGGGCAGUGAGUGGGCUGGGGCGGGGCGUCUUCCUUCAGGUUCGAGUGUUUUGUGGCCAACUCAGUAUCUGCUUCCAGAAGCUUCCUGUUUAUAGAUAGUUAGUGCAUUUACACUCUUAGGUUUUGAUCCCAAAUAGUCUUUUUUUUUUUUUUUUUUUUUUAUAGAAUUCCCUUAAGAGGAGGAGGAUUUAGCAUCAGAAAAAGAAAGGAACCUAUAACCUGUUCUCUAUUAAGGCUUAGCCAGCUGCUAUAAUUUGAAUUACUCUAGAUGGGAGACCAGGGAAAUUGCUCCCUGUCUCCACCACAAUGAUGCAUUUCUCCCCUGGGCCCACUUGGAGCCAGAUCCUGCUCCACAGAGUCAGGCCUGCACCCUGGCUUAGAGGGGUCAGGUCUCCAAUGAAAGCUAUUAAACAAAACAAAACAAAACCCGAAACGUGUCUCUUCUUUCUCUAUGGCUCCCUUGACUGUCGGUCUCCCUACCUUCUGGAGCUGGGCUGGGAA